ACUUGGUCAACAAGCCGCCAGUGAGCGGCUUUUCAGCCCGGACUUCUUCCUCAGAUUGGACGGCGUAUUAUCGCUUCUUUGUUACACAACUCGUGCGGCCGGUGGAAGCGGAGCUGAAAGAUGCCGCUUCUCCACAGAAAACCUUUCAUCCGACAGAAACCCCCGGCGGACCUACGACCAGACGAGGAGGUGUUUCUCUGUAAAAUCACGCACGAAAUCUUCAGGACCUACGAUGAGUUCUUUGAGAGGACCAUUCUGUGUAACAGCUUGGUGUGGAGCUGUGCUCUGACGGGGCGAGCGGGACUCACUUAUCUUGAGGCAGUGGAGAGUGAGCGGCGGGCAAGGCAGAGUCUGGAGAGCUUCCCUCAGUCUUUGGUGGUGCCUCUGCUCCACCUUGCUGCUUUGAGCCAGUGCUGCAGGCUGACAGAGCUCUGUGAGGAUGUCUACACUUUUGUCAAAGACCGGUUCUUUCCUGGGGAGGUGGUGGACGUCAGUGGAUGUAAUGGAGCCAGAUAUGUGUGUGAGAUCCUGCAGGUACACCUGCCUGAUUCCAGUGUUAGUCGAGCACCAGAUGUUAACGGCCACGGCAAGAUGGCUGACGAUGACACGAUUGUCAUCAGUGAUAGUGAUGACGAGCACAGCGCCUUCCAGAGUUCCACAGUACAAGUCAAUGGCAGGAAGAAGUCUUUGAGUCCAUCAGUGUUCAAAUACACAGUGAGGAUGAUGAAGAACAAACACAGCGAGCCAUUCACUGUCAAAGCCAAUCAGAUCAGUCGCAAGAAAAGCGCUCUGUCCAGAGAGAGACUGAAGCUGCUCUUCAAGCAGCACUGCGAGCCUCAGAGUGGGAUCGUCACACUAAAGCCCUCCUCCAUGGCAAAGUACCAGCUGUCUAAACAGACCUUCUCUCAGUUCUUUCCUGACGAGCCCCCACUAUUCUCCUUCAGCCCCUCUUCUAAAUGUGGAAGGCGUGACUCACCCGGACAGGCGAGUUCGUCUCUACUGAAAGCUGCAGAGGAGAAACUGAAGUUGCUACAGCAGAGGGAGGAGAUGGUGGCUGCAGCUCAAGACAAGGCGCGACUGAAGAAAGAAAAGGAGGAGGUGCAAGAAGCCAAGCGGAGGGAGAGGGAGGACAAGGAAAGGCUAAGGGAGGAACAGAGACGCAGGUUUGAAGAGGAGAAGCAGAGGAGAAGGGAGGAGAAGGAGCGCAGGAAGCUGGAGAAAGACCGGGAACGAGAGAAGUUAAAGGAGGAGAAGAAGAAAUACGCAGAGCAGCUGAAGCUUUGGAGCAAACCCAGAGAGGACAUGGAGUGUGAAGACCUGAAGGAGCUGCCAAGGCCAAUUCCAGUGAAAACCCGGCUUCCAGCAGAGCUCUUUGGAGAUGCUCUGAUGGUUCUGGAGUUCCUGCAGGCCUUUGGUGAGGCCUUUGACCUGAAGGAUGAGUUCCCUGAUGGGGUCUCUCUGGAGGUUCUGGAGGAGGCUCUGGUGGGUUCUGAUCCUGAGGGUCCUCUGUGUGAGCUGCUGUUUUUCUUCCUGACAGCCAUCUUUCAGGCUCUAGAUGAGGAGCAGGAAGAGGUAGCUGCAGACCAGGUUGAAGACCUGACAGACGCUCUGGAUGACGAUUCUGACCCCACGUGUUCGGCUCUGAGUGCUAUCGCCUCAUUGGCUGCAGCUUGGCCUCAGCUGCAUCAGGGCUGCAGUCUGAAGCAGCUCGACCUAGACAGCUGCACGCUGUCUGAAAUCCUGCGCCUGCACAUUUUGGCAUCUGGUGCUGACUGUAACCACGGGAAUGCAAAGUUCCGCUACCAGAAGCAAGGCGGGUUCACCGUAAUGGACGACCCUUGUGUGGAGCUGCGACUGGCAGAUCCAGCGCUGCUGAAGAAGCUGUCAUCCACGGCAGUGUAUGACCUCACCCCAGGGGAAAAGCUGAGGAUCCUGCAGGCUUUGGUGGGGAAGGUGCUGACAUUGGCGUCCAGCAGAGACUUGAUUGAAGACUGUGUGGAGGAGCAGCGAGCGGCGAGGCACGAACUGAGGGAGAUUAGAGCUGAGCAGCACCGUAGGGAGAGGGAGGAGGCUGCACAUAGGGUUCGUCUCCGUAAGGAGGAGAAGAUGAGAGAGCAGGAGCAGAGGAUGAGGGCGAAAGAGGAGAAGAUGAAGGAACAGGAGCUCAAGGGACGACUUCAGACCAAUGGUGACUCGUGUACAGAACAUCACACUGGAAAUGAAGAGGAGCAGAGCAGCAAGAUAAUGAAAGCCAAAGGAAACCAGAAAGAACAGCAGCAGCAGACGGCGUCUGACCUGAAACCUCCCACCAGCCUGACGGCAGAGGAGCUGGAGAGAGAGCAGGAGAAGGUCAGAGAGCUGCAGGAACGCAUCCAGAAAGCUGCAGCCUGCACCUGCCUGUUGCCUUUGGGUAGAGAUCGUCUGUAUCGCCGAUACUGGCUGUUCCCUUCAGCCUCCGCCCUUUUUGUGGAGGCAGACCACUUCGGCCUGACCGAGGACAUGCUGCAGCCUAGCCCAAAACCUGACCAGGACACAAGCACCACCAAGGUGGAGAAAGGAGAGGAAAUGGCCAAGGAUAAAGCAGCUAGUACAGGCCCACCAAUCAACCAGUCCAACCAGUGGUCCUUCUACAGUUCACUGGAGGAGGUUGAUCAUCUAAUCGAGGCUCUGAAUCCUCGAGGUCACCGAGAGAGCAGCCUGAAGGAGGCGCUGCUGCAGGAGAGACAGAGGCUGCAGCACCUGCUGAAGAGCUGUGACAGAAACAAAUACGAGCACACAGAGGAUCAAGAGUCAUCCCAGGCACUCCCAGAAUGCACUGCUGCAGCUGAGUCUAUGAUGGAGGUGAGACUCAGAGAGCUUCUGCUGGAUAUUGAGGACCGGAUCCACCAGGGAACUCUGGGAACUCUGAAGGUGAUGGAUAGACAGGUAUGGCGCUUGGCGUUAGAAGCUGGAAAUUAUGAGCUGCUCGCUUCUGAUGGCAGAGAGAACACGGGGAUGAACGGAAGAGUGGAGGCCAUGGAGGUGGACUCUGCCCACCUGAGAGCCAGAGACAGGCUUCAGGAGGUGAAGUCUGACAGCUCUGCAGCGUAUGGGUCCAGCGGCAGUGGAACUCCUCAGGUGGUCAGCAACUCUGUACGAAUCCUGGCUCAGGCUCUUACCAACAUUGAGCAAGGCAUCGAGAGACGCUUCCUCAAAGCUCCGCUCGCUGAUGAAGACUCAAAGAAGGACCAUAAAAUGAAGAACAAAAAGAAGAAAGAUGAGGACCAAGCCAGUGAUGAUGGCAGCGACUGUGGUAGAGUCAGUAAAACGGUGUUGGAGCGAUGGAGGGAAUCUCUGCAGUCCUGCUCCAGCCUGUCUCAGGUGUUUGUUCACCUGUCCAGUCUGGAGCGAAGUAUCCUGUGGUCUCGCUCCAUUCUCAACGCCCGCUGUCGCAUCUGUAGAUGCAAAGGAGAUGCAGACAACAUGGUGCUAUGUGACAGCUGUGACAGAGGACACCACACCCACUGUCUGAGGCCACGCAUGAAGUCUGUUCCAGAAGGUGAAUGGUUUUGUCCAGACUGUCGACCCAAACAGAGAUCCAACCGCCUCCCAUCCCGUCAGCGCUCGUCUAUUGACGAGGAGGAGGAAAGAGACUAUGAUGAUGAGGAAGAGGAGGAGGAAGAGUCUGAAGAGGAGGAGGAGGAGGAAUCUGAAGAAGAGUCAGAGGAGGAAGAGGAGCAAGAAGUUGUCGUGAACCCUAAGAAGAGGCAGACUCCACUCCCCAAGGGCAAGAGCCAACAGGCCACACCCAAGAACAGCAUCACCACGUCAGGGAAAAACACAUCAGCCUCCAAAUCCUCAGGGAAAAAGCCCAUAACCCCUCCGGCCUCUGAUGGGAAAAUUCCAACCCGCUCCAGGAGUCGGACUGGUGCUCAUGUGAGCCAUGAGAACGUGGAGCCAAACAGUCACAUAAGCAAACGCAACACCAAAACUGCACCAGCUCAGAGCGAGUCUCGCAAGAGGUCAUUAACAGAAACUGCCGCUCCUCGUAAACUGUCCAGACCCAUCCUGCCUGUCCUUCCCUCGUCACACUCUCCAGGAGCCUCCUCAUCGUCCUCUAACCGUCGUUCCUCUGGGAGGAACCAAGGAGUACACGAGCUGUCCGCCUGUGAACAGCUGACAGUGGAGCUAGUCAGACAUGAAGACAGCUGGCCCUUCAUGAAGCUGGUGUCCAGAACCCAGGUUCCAGAUUACUAUGACAUCAUUAAGAAGCCGAUUGCGCUGAACACCAUCAGAGAGAAAGUCAACAACUGUGAAUACCAGACUGCAGGCGAGUAUAUCUCAGAUGUGGAGCUGAUGUUCUCCAACUGUCUUCAGUAUAAUCCUCGUCACACUAAUGAGGCGAAGGCCGGACAUCGACUGCAGCGGUUCUUCCACGCUGAGCUGAGCAGACUUGGCCUAUUGGAGCACGGCUCUGCCCUGCCCACCAAACGCUCCCGACACUGAAGCAGACGCACUCCUGUCACCUUCACCGCCGUCCAGGGACUGGAAAGAGGAGACAGAUGUAGAAGUUGCAGUUGUUUUGUUCCCGAAGGACUGAAAAGGUGUCAAAAUAUAUUAGCAACCUGUGUGCUCCGUUAAGCAAAGGGAUAACGGAGGGCAAAGGUCAGCAGAACCAUUAAAUUAAUGUUAAAAAGAGUUAAAGUUCCAUUGUUAAAAUGAGCUUUUUUCCACUGCUUCUUACAUGAAUCUGUUCUGGGAGCUCUGCCCUUCUCAUGUGUUGUGCGUUUAAAAGCGUCUCUCUCAAAAUUAAAUACGUUGCAGCUGCUGUGAGUUCAUGGGAAAGUUGUGAGCUAGGCUUUGUAUGACCUGCUGAUCAGGGCAUUUAUUUCUAGUCUAUUGGAUAGACAGACAUGUAGCAGAUUGAUGGGCACAGACACACUGUGGCGCUGUAACGACAGUAGAGUCCCACCUGAUUUCACCUGAUGUUUCCUUUAAUCCAGAAAAGCAAAAACCACUAAAUACUCUGGGACUUGAGGCCCUCAGUGUUUUCUCAGGGAUUUGUGAUUUCAGUGUAAACUGUUUCAGCUAGUUUUACUGAAGCGGAGCAGCUGCAGGGAUUCGGGGCUCAAUCGAUGGAAGUCUGUGGCCAGCACUAUUACAACAGUAAAUUGUAUUUAAAUAGGUUUUCUAGCACGUGAAGUAUGACCAGAUUGGUUUACAAAGGAACAUUUAAUAAUAGAAAAAUAACUGAUUAAUUCCUCUACGUGAAGUUAUUUGAUGGCAUGCACAGCCUGCAGCAUGACCCUUGGGCUGACGUGAUUGCAGCUUCCAUGCACUCAGACUCACUGUGGGGCGUAGAGCUGAGUAACUUUAGCUUGGUUUGAACGGAAAUGCUUGAUUUUUCAUUAGGAUACAAUCAGAAGACCAUAAAAACUUUUUGGCUAAAUUUCAUUUAAUGAUGACACUGAAACAACAGCCUUGUUUUUAUUGGGAUGUAUAAAUUUAAAACACGCAGGUAAUAUGUACAUGUACACCUGUUUAUGCUAAUUAUCAAUUCAACCAGACUGUGUUGAUUGUGGCUUCCACAGACUUCUGUAAUGAUCUACUGGGUGAAUUUCAAACUGUAACCAAUAACAUGCAGCUAGUAGUGCAAACCCUUUCAUUAUAUUGCAUUGGCAGAGUUAUAGAUGCAGUUUGAGAGACUAUGAAGAUGCUUCAACAUCUCAGGAACACCUUCCCCCAGCUUAGCAUUGAGACUCAAAGGAUUCCUUUAAAGCUCCAUUCAGACGGGAUUCAGUUUAAAGGCGUGGAUCUGAGUCUGUCGUGCAUGGAGCUACUUGAUAACAAUUCUCCUUGUUAAUCUGACAAAACACAAAAGUCUGAUCAGAUCUGAUCACUAAAGAAGUGCACGAUUUGAGCUGGUCCUUUAAGCUGCAGCUGCCUCUGUGGAUUUGUAGUUUUUUGUUUGUUUGUUUGUUUUUUGACUACUGAGUUUUUCUACAUUAGUUGUUUUGGUUUUGUCAGCAUUGUCAAUUACAUGCUGUGAUGAUGAUGAUGAUGAUGAUGAUGAUGUCUGCGUUGAAGGAUGGAGGUCAGCAGUAGACACUACACUGGAGCUGCUGCAGCCUCACUCCUCCCCUCCCCAUCUGCUGUGUAUUUAUUUAGCCUCAGUGUUGUCUUUAUUUAUGACUGCUAGCCUCCCUCUUCCUCCUGAAGCUUUCAUCUGUUUGUUGUUCUAAUGUAAAAAUAAAUUGCCUUUUUAUAAGCAACUA